GUAAUCUAUAAUCCAGCCCCCGUCCUGCCUCGCAAAACACACUCACACUCAAUUUGUGCAGAAAGCGGAGAACCGAAAACGGGAGACGCCGGGAAAGAAGCACGCAGGGGAGUGUGACGUCAGAAUGAGUCGGCGCACACCGACGGAUCGAUAUCUUUGCGGGGCAUAGAUGAGCUCGCGCUGUGGCUGUCAGCGGCGAGCGGAGCAGAAUAGCGAAGAAGAAGACGAGGAGGGGGAAACAUGAGUCGGCAGCAGACCCAGGGAGUGGUUCUGACGGGUUACCACAGCAACGUGGAACAGUUGCCGAAAACCGGACCGCGCGCCGCCGGCUGUCCGCCGGCGCAGGACCACGACCUCCCGGUGCCCAGCCGCAGAACGGGCCACUACACCGUGCAGCAGCACCAGAGCCAUGGGGACGGAACCGAGCCCUCCGCCGCUGCCAGCGCCGGCACCAAACCCAGCGCCACUGAGCCCCCGUCACCGCGCCCCAGGCCCUGGCACACCUGCAGCCCGAAGCCCGGCUCCAGCCCCCGCCACAGCCCCAACUUCAGGUCGAGACCGCGGGUACCGAGCCAGCGCAGCAACUCUCAGGACUCCCUGGACGAGCUAGAGAUGGACGACUAUUGGAAGGAGGUGGAGAAUAUCACCAGCUCUGGGGAAGAAGCAGGGAGGGGAGAAGGUGGAGUAGAAGGGGAAAUGCAAGAGGAGGAGCAGCAGAAAAUUCCUGAGGAAGGGGAGCAGGAGGAGGCGUGGCUUACGGAGGCGGGACUAGCCCGGCUGUUCGAUGACUCGCUGGCGGCUGACCAGGAUCAGGAAGAAGACAACGCAGUGUUCCUGUCCACACUGACCAGAUCUCAGGUGGCGGCGGUGGAACGCCGCGUGACGUCACUGCAGCAGACGUUGCUACGGCGACGCAACCGGCAGCACGUUCCUGAUGUCAGGGAUAUAUUCAGACCUCCUGAGAAGCAGGAGGAGGAUCCUUGUGAGCUCAGAGAGGGAAGCGAGAAUGGCCCUAAAGACGAAGCAGAGACUGAACUGAACGUCGAGGUGGCGUUUUCAGAGCAGGCGCUCACCUACAGGGACAACCACCAGAGGUUAAGGGUCACCGCUAGCCCCGACUCACCUGACGACAAACUACCAAACUUUAAGCUGCUCCGAGACAAAACCGGUCAGACCCGAUUAGGAGAUCUGUCUCCCCUGGAUAUGAAAAAGGUGAGAAGAUUGGUACUAGUGGAAUCGACUGCUCUGUUUGACACUGCUGGAAUAGACCUGAAGGCGCACAAACCUGUCAGAGUUAAGACUAAAGAAUCUGGUCUUUUUGGUGUUCCCAUUGCCACUUUAUUGGAUCAGGACCAGAGGCGGGCUUCUGGAACCAAAGUGCCAUUCAUCCUGCAAAGGCUUAUUAGUCACAUUGAGGAGGAAGGGUUAAACACAGAGGGGCUGCUACGGAUCCCCGGGGCGGCCAUCCGAGUCAAGGCGCUGUGUCAGGAGCUCGAGUCGUCCUUCUACGACGGCGCGUUUCAGUGGCAGCAGUUGAAGCAGCACGACGCCGCCAGCCUCCUGAAGCUCUUCAUCCGGGAGCUGCCUCAUCCACUGCUGACCGUGGAGUACCUCAACGCCUUCAUUGCCGUCAACAAGCUCCCGACGAAGAAGCAGCAGUUGCAGGCUUUGAACCUUCUGGUCCUUUUAUUGCCGGAGGCCAAUCGGGACACCUUGAAGGCACUAGUGGAGUUUUUCCAGCGUGUGAUCGACCACCAGGACAAUAACAAAAUGACCCUCAACAAUGUCUCCGUUGUCAUGGCGCCCAACAUCUUCAUGUUCAAAGGCUUUCGGUCCAAGGUGACGGAGCAACAGGAGUUCUCCAUGGCGACCGGCACGGCCAACAUCGUCCGGCUGCUGAUUCGAUACCAGAAUCUUCUCUGGACGAUCCCCAAGUUCAUUAUGACCCAGGUCAGACAUCAAAACAUGGAAAGUCAUCGGAAACAAAACAAAGAGAGAGCUGUGAGAAAGCUCCUGAAGAAGAUUACCACGGACAAACCAUCUGAUAAAGCCGCCUCUGAGGAGAGCUCGCAGGGAUUCAUUCGAGUGCAAGCACCACAGUUCAGCAAAGUGUCGAUGGCGGUUCAGCUCACUGGAGAGUUGCUGGCGGCGGACGUGCUGUCCCGCUUCCUCAGCCAGGACAGUUCAUUGGCGGUGAAUCGAGAAGAGCUGUGUCUCUACGAGAUCGGCGGAAACAUCAAGGAGAGGUGUCUAGAUGGCGAAACGUACAUGAAGGACCUCUUCCAGCUGAACCCGACAGCAGAGUGGGUCAUCAGAGCUGUGCAGCGAUGAACUCCUUCCCACCACCGUGCCCCGCUGGACGAUGGAGCGCUCCAACCGGCUCCAACCGGCUCCAAGCGGCUCCAACCGGCUCCGACCGCAUCCCGCUGAGAGAAGACUGCCCUUUCUUCUGGAUGCUCGCAGGACCGCACGUCGAAUCAACGUUUAACCCCCUUUUUAAUGAAAAGAAAAACAUGGUAACAUGGUUAAGCAAGUAAAGGGAAAAGUGAUGUGCUCCUGAGGCCCGUUAAACCACUAUUGUAAUGGGGUGGAAAAAUCCCAAUUUGUACCCCCACUUGAACCACAACAUUGUGAUUCUUUAUUUUAUGCGAUACUGUAAGCAUAUUAUAUAUGUUUAAAUAUAUAUAUAUAUAUAUAUAUAAUAGAAGCCUGUCUGUUUGGAGGCAUGGAAGUCUUAAAUUGCCUGACAAGUUUUAUUCCAAAGACUUGGACUGUUUAAGUGAUAAUGACUGUUAAAAAUUGCCUUUUUCAGCGAUACACUAUAAUCUGAUUCCAAAAGUAUGUGGGUGCAAAUACUUUGUUUUAUUUGGCUUUGCACUCUUCAGUCUGGCUGUCAGUUGAUAUAAUACAGCAAAGGUUGUACUUAUCCAGGAACAAAGAAGCAUCGCUUCUCUUUAUACAACGGUCUGAUCUGAUUUUGUGUGGUUUCUUAGUUUUGACAGCCUGUGGAGGGUCAUAUCUUCACCACUAAGUUAAACACUGAAGAUUUUUCUCUUGUGGGCAACUGUGGCGUAAAAAAUAAUGUGUCACCGUUUUAAAAUGUUUCUAACUGAGUCGGUCCCUGCCUCGUUUUAUCUUGUUUACUGUGAAUGUUUUUUUUUCCCCCUAUAAAAUUAUAUAUUUGUCUUAUUAUUGCCUCUGAAAUGACCACUAAAACCGCCUGUAAAUAAAUGUUAUUAACUACCACGUUCACUGUUGCGAGUGCUUCUGUGUGCAAAGGACCCAAAAGUGCAUGCUCGUGGGGAAAAAUGUGUUUAUUGACUGAGUACAACAUAUUUGUGCGUUUUUUGUAAUCACCUUUUUAGAUGCACAGACGUUCUUAAAUAAAAUCCCGUGUCUCCAU